UCUCUCCAGUAGACCGUGCAAGCUACACAAGCACCAUAUUAGAGUAUCUUUACGGGUACGACGCUGGAGUUCUAAGACACGCUCACGCUAGUGGACAGGGCGUCAUGCUGGAAGAGGAGCUUGUGCCACGGACAAUCCGUGUACCGCAAAUGUGGUCCCUAAUUAUAGGAUCAAACUUGCUUAUCACCUUGUCUCAGCUAGACCUUCAAGAAGUCAUUGCAGACAGCAUUCUUCUUGAAAGGAAAACGCUUGGUGAUACUCCUGGUGUAUACACUGUUCGGAUUGUUGAUGAGACCAAUGUUUAUCGGUAUCAUAUCGUCAUCGACAAAGACUGUAACUAUGCGGUAGGCGCGAGAGAGUUCCUCAAGCAUGCUGCAGCUUUGGCCUUGUCAUCAGAAUCGGAUCUCUCAACGUACUCGCUUGUAAAUGAGAAUGGUGAUCUAGUCAGUCCGAGUGAUUGGCUGAGUUUUCUCCAAACUGGAGAGGUAGAGGAUCGUGUCUUUGGUUUGAGAACGCAAGCGGCACAGGCGAACACAAGCUCAGAUGAGUAUCGGGCUUUUACCAUGAAGCUUCUGAUGGAUGUACCGAACAAGCCCUAUCGAAUCAAGGAGAAGUCGAUCCAAUCUCGGAACUUUGAGGAGAAUGGUCAUGCGGAAUCCAAGGCCCUGACCAUAUACCACCCCCCCGAGCCCAGGACCUCAAAGCAAAAGGAGAGCCAUCACUCUGACGGCAAUGAUAUGAAGAGCUUAGUGGUUUUCGACCCUCGGAGACUUCCUGUAAGAAAACAAUCAGCCGAAGCUCACCGAAGGCCUGAAGAGAAAUCUGUAACGCUACGGUCGACCAUGCCUAAAGCCGCACAAACAAGCCUGAAAGCAAUACCUGAGCUCUAUGAAAUCGAGAAUGAAGUAACAGAAACUGAUUUAUUUGCUGACGAGAGGAUGAGUGUCUUCAAUCAUACACCGGCGGGCCCUGCUUCUCAUCCAGGCAGCUUCAAACCAGGCUACACGAGGACCUUAGGGGAAUUUGUGGGAGCUUCGAAGCAAGAUGCCAAGGCGGGGGUUUCAGAGGCAGACAAAGAAAUUCGCGAGUCAAGUCAUGGCGAGAAGAGGUUGAGCUUUCCUCGACUAGGAACCGGCCCGCCAAUCGCAGACGUACCCACGCAUGACUGCGCAGCACCCAGUGGCGAUGAACCCACGGAGCCGAGAUCUGUAUCUGAGAAGAGUUCGAUGUCCGAUACCAAUCAGCAGUUCCGGGAGGAGGGCAGCUCCGAGUUCCCUCUACGUAUAGCAAGCCCUAUCAAGCCACGCAUAGUUCCUUUCUUGACUUGGAGACUAUCGUGGAGGGAUGAUGAAAGAAACGACAUGGAUGUUGAAAAGAACCUCAAACAAAUUCUCGACAGGUUAGAUCGGUCUUUGAGGUCUCGAGUAGUGGGAAGCACCUAUCUAGGAGGCUUAUCAUCGACACCGGCAACUGUUGCUGGCAAACUUGUUGCACUUUGCAGCGAACCUGACAAGACUCCAGAUUCGUUCAUGUUUGACGCAGGCGACACCGAACUGAACUCAGGAUCCCCAUUUGCUGAAAUGAUGAUGUCCCAGGAUGUGCAAGAUCAACACUACCACAAGUGAAGGUCCCGUGGGAAAUAAAGAAGCCACUGCUACAGAAACCGGCAGUGGCCAACAACCGCAAGACUACUCUCGAAGUCUCGACAUGGCAUCCUUGAAAAGUCAGAGCGACCAAACGAGGCGAAGCGAACUUAUGAUGGCGGUCCAUUUAGCAUCUUCGGACAUACUGAGAUCGUUCUUGCCGACCUUGGGCAGUCAUGCGAAGCACCAAUUGAUCUGCAGGUUUUGGGGUGCACUUGACACCAUCAUUAGACAAAUCCAUCUGUCGACACUGAGUCUUGACACCGUUCAUCAUUCUUCAUACAUUGUGGU